GCCCGUUUGAAUUUAUAACGAGUCCAUCCUCACUUUCUCAAUAAAACAUUAUAAAAAGGAAGAAGAAAACACUAUCUUCUUUAUUUCUGUAAAAACCCUAACUGAACAGUUAAACAAAAUCUUUCAGAAAAAAGAAAGAAAAUGAAGAGCAAGAAGCCAUUGAAGCAACUGAAGCUCUCUGUUCCAGCUCAAGAAACCCCGAUUUCUUCUUUUUUGACGGCGAGUGGGACAUUUCAUGAUGGGGAUUUGCUUCUAAAUCAGAAAGGGUUGCGUCUUAUUUCCGAGGAGAAAGAAAAUCGACCUUCUGAUGGAAAGGAGCUUGAUUUUGAAUUCUCAUUGGAAGACCUCGAGACCAUUAAAGUUAUCGGGAAGGGAAGUGGUGGUGUAGUACAACUUGUUCGGCACAAAUGGGUAGGAAGAUUGUUUGCCUUGAAGGUCAUCCAAAUGAACAUACAAGAGGAAAUUCGCAAACAAAUUGUGCAGGAACUAAAAAUAAACCAAGCAUCACAAUGUUCACAUGUUGUCAUUUGCUACCAUUCUUUCUACCACAAUGGGGCCAUAUCCCUGGUGCUAGAAUACAUGGACCGUGGAUCUCUGGCUGAUGUGAUCAAACAAGUUAACACGAUUCUUGAACCAUAUCUUGCAGUUGUGUGUAAGCAGGUUCUACAGGGACUUGUGUAUUUGCAUCACGAAAGGCAUGUAAUACACAGGGACAUAAAACCAUCCAAUCUAUUGGUAAACCAUAAAGGGGAAGUGAAGAUCACUGAUUUUGGUGUCAGUGCAAUGCUAGCUAGCUCGAUGGGCCAGAGAGAUACAUUUGUUGGAACUUACAACUAUAUGUCGCCUGAGAGAAUCAGUGGGAGCACUUAUGACUAUAGCAGUGACAUAUGGAGUUUGGGGAUGGUAGUGCUUGAAUGUGCUAUUGGACGUUUCCCGUAUACGCAAUCUGAAGAUCAGCAAAGUUGGCCUAGCUUUUAUGAGCUCUUGCAGGCCAUUGUGGAGAAGCCUCCACCAACUGCUCCAUCAGAUCAAUUCUCUCCAGAGUUCUGUUCAUUUGUAUCAGCCUGCAUAAAGAAGGACCCCAGAGAAAGAUCAUCAUCUUUGGACCUCUUGGGUCACCCCUUCAUCAAAAAGUUCGAAGACAAAGACAUCGACCUUGGGAUUUUGGUAGGUAGCUUGGAACCUCCUGUGAAUUACCCAAGAUAAUUUGCUUCUGGAAUGUAGAAUUGUUUUAGUCAUCUCUCUCUUUCUACCUUCUUUUAAACCCUUAUAUGAAGUUUGUAACAUUGAUGUUACUUGAAUUCAAGUGUGUAUCAGACAUGAAUAUGUCCUUACGGAUAUAAC